AUGCCAUUUUCAUUCAAACCGACGAGAGUACCUGGUUCUUUGGGUUCAAUAGCCCUUUCUCCUUCAGAUACACAGCAGCCCCGUGGAAAAAAAAGAAAAUUCAAGGAUUUUGGAGCAGUCGAUGACGUAAUGCAAGAAGCAAAAAUCAAUGUUGUGAAUCACAAAUCACUCUAUGUUGCGUCUCAACUCAUCCGUCCAACCGCAGAUCAAACACGCUCAAAAACACGUCAAAUUCCUAGAACUAUCCCUUCUGAGGUCAUUUCAGCUCGGGAGCUUCAUUGGAUGUCAAAUACUUUACAAAACUUUCAAAGACGUUUCAAGGCCUUGUCUCAAUUGAGUGAGAAACUAUUAAGUUCAGAAACCCUCAAACCUGGAGAAAUCCAUUCGAUAAUCUCUAGGCUCGCUCGGGGCCAAUUCCAGUCAGGUGAAAUUGUGUCUGGGGCCAAAAUGGAAUACGACUUACCGGCACGGAGUGAAACAGCAUUGAGAUAUGGAUCCAUCGCAAAGCAAAUCAAUCUGUAUUUCAAGGUAUCGACGCCCAAGGAAAAGGUGGAAGACCGAGAGGGAUUCAUCAAACUAUUCACCAUGUUUAUGGAAAACUACGUAGCUUUCAAGGGUUGCAUUGAGAUUUUAUUAACCUCCGCAGAAAAUAUAUCUCCCCAAGCCAAGAGUGUGCAGGGAGCGGUCGACACCUUCUCUCAUUCGCAUCUAGAUACCAGCAAAAACGGUUCUCAGACUGAAAAUCCAUCCACUAUAUCAGAUACGGUCGCUUUCUUCGACGUGAUGGAUACUUCUUCGAGCAAGAAUGAGCAUACCGAAGACCAAGAUCACCAAGCGCAUUCGAGUGACUCGUCGGAAAGUGAUUCCGAGAUGAUUUGGAAGAUGCUGGUCCCCAAAUUAAAAUGA